UAUAUCAAGAAAAACACCUUGUUUUGCGAAUUGGGUUUUAUUAAAUUAAGUUUAAUUACAUUAAAUAAAUCCCAACUACUCUCUGUGUGCUUAACAACCACCCCCCAAACCCCCCCCCCCCCCCUUCAAUAAUACCAAUAAACUUUACCUAGAAAGAAAGAAAAGGAAAUAGUGAGAGACAUGAACAAGAAUCUUGACUUCUCUUCACCUUCCCUUCUUAACCCUCUUUCCUCCCGUUUGAUUUUCUAAAAGUUCAUUGAGCUUGGAUUCUCAUCCUCCAAAACAAGGGCAGGAGCUAAGGGUUGAUUUCGAAGGACUGGGGUACCCUUAAAAGGUAUGGAGUGUUUUGACGCCUGGAAAAGAUCAUGGCGCGGUGCCUAGACAGAAUAAAGCAUUUUUGUGCUGCUGUAGCAAGCUGUUGUGAUGCGGAUUUGUAUAAGCAAAACAAGGGGCUGGAAGAUCCAGAAGUUCUUGCAAGGGAAACAGUGUUUAGUGUGAGUGAAAUAGAAGCGUUGUAUGAACUGUUUAAGAAGAUCAGUAGUGCAGUGAUUGAUGAUGGGCUGAUCAAUAAGGAAGAAUUUCAACUAGCAUUAUUCAAGACAAAUAAAAAGGACAGUUUAUUUGCAGAUCGGGUAUUUGACUUAUUUGACACAAAGCACAAUGGAAUAUUAGAUUUUGAGGAGUUUGCACGUUCUCUCUCUGUCUUUCACCCCAAUGCACCAAUUGAUGAUAAGAUUGAAUUUUCAUUCCAACUGUAUGAUCUCAAACAGCAAGGACUUAUCGAGAGACAGGAGGUAAAGCAAAUGGUAGUGGCUACACUUGCUGAAUCUGGUAUGAAUCUGUCCGAUGAUGUUAUAGAGAGCAUUAUUGAUAAGACAUUUGAGGAAGCUGAUACUAAGCAUGAUGGGAAGAUUGAUAAAGAAGAAUGGCGAAGCCUUGUUUUGCGACAUCCUUCUCUUUUGAAGAAUAUGACUCUCCAAUAUCUCAAGGAUAUCACCACCACAUUCCCAAGUUUUGUGUUUCACUCACAAGUUGAUGAUACCUGAGUAAGUUGUACUGAUGCCGUUUAAAAGAAAUGUGUGGGGUUGUGUGCAAAGGGUUCCUUCCUAUAUAUAGGAGGAAUGCAGUCUUGAGUUUUAGCAAUGACUUGAGCAUUCUCUCCAUUUUGCAUAGAUUAGAAUUUCUACCUGGGGUUGCGGUUGUUUGUUCUUUCAUUUGUAUGGGGGUUAAAUUCCACGGUUGCAUUUAAUUAAGCUUUGAUUUAGUUUUUUGAGAUUUUGGCCUCAGUUUAAUCUCUGCUCUCUACAAACUGGUCACUUGCUUGGCCUUUAACCUAUUACAAUGCCCAUCUCUUGUAAUGCCAUGCCAUUGGCCAUUUUAAUGCUGCUCUCCAUGUACAAGAAAGAGAGACCUGUUGGAUUCUUCAGGCUGUUGAAGAAAUUGAUACAAAAUUAGAACCUGCUACCUGAUUAUCCUUGCAAGCUACCCAACAAGCAAGCAUGCAUGCAGAGAAUGUUGUAUUGUUAAAUAUUGUUCUGUUCUCUUUGAAUUGGCAACGGUGGCCUUUUGCUUACCUGUGUACACUGCAGACUUUGAUUUUAUAAAGUUAUUAGAAUGGCCUAAAAAUCUCUAUCUCCUUCUUA